CCUCAGCUGGGAGAAGUUUGCAGCAGUCUAACAGCAGCGUGUUUCACUGAGAGCAGCAGAGCAAGAGGAGAAGCUUUCUGUCUGAUUUUACUCGCAGCUUCAGAUUUUACUUUGAAUCCGUGUCGUCACUGAUGUCGCGUAACUAGCAGCUGCAAGCGGACUGAAGUCUGUCGGAGGUACUGGAAACCUGCAGCGGGAGGAAGAGGAGCAGAGGAAAACUGACUGAAGAAGAAGAAGACAGUCCCGUUGAUAAAGUCGUCAGGAUGAGCAACAACAAAAGCGAGAAGGAGACCGAGCCGAGUGAGUUCACCAACCACGAGGAAGAGGUCCGGACGCUCUUCGUCAGUGGGCUGCCGCUGGAUAUCAAGCCUCGCGAGCUCUACCUCCUCUUCAGACCUUUUAAGGGAUAUGAAGGCUCCUUGAUAAAACUCACAUCUAAACAGCCGGUAGGCUUUGUCAGCUUUGACAGCAGAUCAGAGGCCGAGGCAGCGAAGAACGCCCUGAACGGGGUCCGGUUCGAUCCAGAGAUCCCUCAGACCCUCCGGCUGGAGUUCGCCAAGGCCAACACCAAGAUGGCCAAGAACAAGCUGGUGGGCACUCCCAACCCCCUCCCCUCCCAGCAGAGCCCCGGGCCCCAGUUCAUCAGCAGAGACCCCUAUGAGCUCACAGUGCCCGGUCUCUAUCCCAGCAGCCCUGAUGUGUGGGCGUCAUACCCGCUGUACCCGGCGGAGCUGUCCCAGGCACUGCCACCCGCUUUCACCUACCCCUCCUCGCUGCACGCUCAGAUACGCUGGCUCCCUCCUGCAGAUGGAAGUCCUCAGGGAUGGAAGUCCAGGCAGUUCUGCUGAAGUAUGUGCUCCUGAUGUGUGAUGGUGUGCGGCUGUGACGGUGUUGCUGCUUCUCGUGUCCCAUUGAAGGAGGAGGACUGCCCCCCCCCCCUCGAAGCAGCACCGUCGCAGCCUCCUGGGCCUCAGGACAGACCGCGCCCCCCUCGCCUCCAUCACACAUUGAGCACCCCCCCCCCCGCCCCCCGACUGUUUUUAUACUGUUACACACUCCUCUUCGCAGCGGCAGUGCUCCCUCCUGGUGAAGGUACCCCCUCCCCCAACGUUAGCACUGCCCGCUAAUGUUAUUACUAUAAUUAUUACUACUCUGUAUAUCAUUCAUAUUAAUGUUAUUAUUAUGAUUAUUACAUACAUGUUAAGCAUGACUUCGCAAAAAAAAGGAAAAAACUCAAUGCUGUACAUUUUUAGAUAUUUUAAAGAAAUACAAAAAAGUAUUUUUGUAAUCGAAACUGUUUGAAAUGUUUGAUCCUGUUUAAGUGUGCAAGGAACCGUGUGUGUGACAUCAUAUAAUUAUGAGUCAUCAUAGAAUAAUCAGUCAUAAAACAAUGAGUUAUCAUAAAACGAGUGGACGUAAUGCAUCAAAGCAGAGUGUGUCUGCUUUUCUACUUCCUGUUUCUCCGUGUGGGUACCCCAUGGAGCCAACAUGUACUCCUGAUAGAGCUCACAUGUAAUCCUGAUGGACCCAACAUGUAGUCCUGAUGUAGUCCAGAUAGGGCCAAUAAGUAGUCCUGAUGCAGCCAACAUGUAGUCCUGAUGGACCCAACAUGUAGUCCUGAUGUAGUCCAGAUAGGGCCAACAUGUAGUCCUGAUGGACCCAACAUGUAGUCCUGAUGUAGUCCAGAUAGGGCCAACAUGUAGUCCUGAUGGACCCAACAUGUAGUCCUGAUGUAGUCCAGAUAGGGCCAACAUGUAGUCCUGAUGCAGCCAACAUGUAGUCCUGAUGGACCCAACAUGUAGUCCUGAUGUAGUCCAGAUAGGGCCAACAUGUAGUCCUGAUGGACCCAACAUGUAGUCCUGAUGUAGUCCAGAUAGGGCCAACAUGUAGUCCUGAUGCAGCCAACAUGUAGUCCUGAUGGACCCAACAUGUAGUCCUGAUGUAGUCCAGAUAGGGCCAACAUGUAGUCCUGAUGCAGCCAACAUGUAGUCCUGAUGGACCCAACAUGUAGUCCUGAUGUAGUCCAGAUAGGGCCAACAUGUAGUCCUGAUGCAGCCAACAUGUAGUCCUGAUGGACCCAACAUGUAGUCCUGAUCUAGUCCUAAUGGAGACCACAUGUAGUAGUAAAGCCAACAUGUAGUCCUAGUACAGCCAACAUGUGAUCCUGAUGUAGUCCUGAUGGAGCCAAUAUGUAGUCCUGACGUAGUCCUUAAAGAGCCAACAUGCAGUCCUGACGUAGUCCUUAAAGAGCCAACAUGCAGUCCUGAUGUAGACCUGAUGGAGCCAACAUGUAGUCCUGAUGGAGCCAACAUGUAGUCCUGAUGGAGCCAACAUGUAGUCCUAAUGGAGCCAGCAUCUAGUCCUAAUGGAGCCAACAUGUAGUCCUAAUGGAGCCAGCAUGUAGUCCUAAUGGAGCCAGCAUGUAGUCCUAAUGGAGCCAGCAUGUAGUCCUAAUGGAGCCAACUUGUAGUCCUGACGUAGUCCUUAUAAAGCCAACAUGUGGUCCUGAUGGAGCUAACAUGUAGUCCUGAUGGAGCCAACAUGUAGUCCUAAUGGAGCCAGCAUCUAGUCCUGAUGGAGCCAACAUGUAGUCCUGACGUAGUCCUUAUAAAGCCAACAUGUGGUCCUGAUGGAGCUAACAUGUAGUCCUGAUGGAGCCAACAUGUAGUCCUGAUGGAGCCAACAUGUAGUCCUAAUGGAGCCAGCAUCUAGUCCUAAUGGAGCCAACAUGUAGUCCUAAUGGAGCUAGCAUGUAGUCCUAAUGGAGCCAACAUGUAGUCCUGACGUAGUCCUUAUAAAGCCAACAUGUGGUCCUGAUGGAGCUAACAUGUAGUCCUGAUGGAGCCAACUUGUAGUCCUGACGUAGUCCUUAUAAAGCCAACAUGUAGUCCUGAUGGAGCCAACAUGUAGUCCUGAUGGAGCCAACAUGUAGUCCUGAUGGAGCCAACAUGUAGUCCUAAUGGAGCCAGCAUCUAGUCCUAAUGGAGCCAACAUGUAGUCCUAAUGGAGCCAGCAUGUAGUCCUAAUGGAGCCAACUUGUAGUCCUGACGUAGUCCUUAUAAAGCCAACAUGUGGUCCUGAUGGAGCUAACAUGUAGUCCUGUGUAGUCGUCCUCUAUUUUUCUUCUUAUCUCUUUGUUUUCUUACCUGGGACAGUUGUAGACAGAUGUAGACGGGUGUAUUUGGGUGGAGUUGCCCCCCUCCUGACGGCUGUGGUCCUCGCUGAGAUUUCUUGUGAAGUUUGACGUUAUUUUAGCUUCCUGUCUCCUUUGGUGUGACAGCAGAGAGCUGCUCGGCGUCUGAAAGAAAGCGUUUAGUCUCUUUUGUCUAUUUUUAGUGAUUUGCUCGUUGAUGAUUGGAUAAAAUACUCUUUGUGUGUAUUCUGGGCCUGCAAUAAUCUUUGCUGUCUGACACAUCACUGAUCACACUCCUGUGACACUGUGACGACUCCUUGAUGUGGCGUUCUUAGAAAAAUUCGUGAAGAGGCCGGGUCACGCUGAGAAACAGUCCUCCCUGUGAUGUUAAAUCAUAUAUCCAGUGUUUGUAAUGAAUAAUAAUAUUAAUAUGCACAUCAUGAUUUUGUUUCUACAAACAUUUUUUAAGCCAAGUGUGGCAGCAGAUUUACUAGAACAAGUAUUUAUAAGGUGUGUGUGUGUUUUUUUGGGUAUCAUGUUUUUAAAGUGAGAUGCCCAUCAUAUAACUCUCUGUAAGUAUUCCUGUAAGUCUAACUGUAUAUUCCUUUGGUAAUUUUGUAGAGCUUUGUGUGUUUGUAUAUGAACAAUGAUAAUCACUGUGAGCUGCAGAGGUCAGCAGUGUGUACUUUGUGUGUUCCUGCUCCUCUUGUACAGUGUGUGUGUUCUCUGUGAGGAUCAGUGAAUUACAGAGGUGUGUGUGUGUGUGUUUGAAGCAACAAAAAAAGUGAUCAAAAUGAGUUUUUAUGAAAAUGUAAAGACAUUAAAGAUUGACGUCAUGUCAUGAUUACAUUUAA